AUGGUCGCCAUUCCCACGUAUCUCUUGGCCUCGUCGGCCGUGUCCAGCCUGGGGCCGCUGACCCCUCGUAAUUCGGUUAUCCGAUCACCGGACCCAUUGCCACAGUCAUCUUCGUCAACUCUAUUGUCGGACCCUGAUUCUUCGAGUCCCUUCGCCUCUAUCCUGGGACCUCACAUUUCAUCCAAUUUCCCUGACCCUGCUAUCAUUUAUGUUGACGGCGUGUCGUAUGCUUUUGCGACCAAUAACCGGGCCGCGCCGCCGGAUCUGGUCCACGUCCAGGUGGCCACGUCAACGGACAAUCAGACGUGGACCCUGCUCGAUCAUCAUGACGCUCUCCCUACUCUAGGGCCAUGGGAGACAGGCGCUGGUGUUUGGGCCCCAGAUGUGGUUCAAUUGGAUGAUGGAUCAUUUGUCCUCUACUAUUCGGAUAAUGUCGUCUGGUCCCCUGCACAUCACUGUGUGGGUGCAGCAACUUCUCAGAAUGUUCUGGGACCCUAUGUCCCACUUGACACUCCUUUGGCUUGCCCGGACGUCAACGCGCUCGGUGGGGCUAUCGAUCCCGACGGCUUCCUCGAUGAGUCUACCAACAAGCGAUAUGUCGUCUACAAAGUCGAUGGAAACUCUAUUGGCCACGGCGGCUCCUGUGGCAACAGCGUUGAACCCAUCGUCCCAACACCCCUCAUGCUCCAGGAAGUCGGCCCUGACGGCAUCACUCUCAUUGGAGAUGCUGUUCAGAUUCUGGAUCGCGACGAGCUUGAUGGUCCGUUGAUCGAGGCGCCGGCGCUCCAUCGUUCCGACGAAGGAAUCUACUUCUUGUUCUUCAGCAGCAACUGCUUUACGACACCUAAAUACGACGUCUCUUAUGCUACUGCGACGAACAUUUGGGGCCCUUACACGAAAUCAAGCCGUCCAUUGCUUGUUACUAGCGAUGCAGACCUCACUGGACCUGGUGGAAUGGACAUCAUCAAGGGCGGCAAUAUGAUUCUCUUCCAUGGUCAUAUGACCAUCAACAACGACCCCACGAUCAAGAAAGAGGCAGAGACCCUUGCAGCCUCAAAGAACACCACGAUCAACAAAGUGAACCUGCCUUUAGUCCGAGUCCAUCCUGCCCGCACAAUUCGCGGCAAUAUGCCUCCCCGAAUAUCUCCCACCACAGUCUCUCGAACCUUUCCGACGACACCCACAAUCCACACUCAUUGCAAAUCAUGCUUCCAGCGAGCCUUUUCCUCAACCCCUUCGCAGUCCCAGACUAAACUCCGAGAGCAAUUCUGGCUAUGGCUCCGCGGACCCGGAGAGAACUUUCGCCACCCCCUUCCGGGGUCGACGAAUUACCUGUCUGCAUACGACAAGAGAGGAAACCUCAUUCGCGGCAGAGGCCAAGAGCCGUCAGGAGAAUCCGUCAAGGAAAAGAGCCCGGACGAUGCCGUGACGGCUGAUGAAGAAGCUCUCGAAGCAGCUGUUACGGAACAUGAGCAGGAAUACAAGCUCCCUAAAGAGUCUCUGGAUGAUCUACGGCCGUUUCCCUGGAACAAGAAUUUCGUGAGCCAGAGUAUUCUGUCCGAGGAUCUCAGAAACGAGAUUUGGGAACGAGUGCAACAACAGGGCAAGUCGGUGAGGCAGGUUUCGAUGGAGAUGGGCGUGGAUAUGAGAAGGGUAGCCGCAGUGGUGAGGCUGGUAGAGGUCGAAAGGAGGAUGAGGACAGAGGGCAAACCUCUCGCUAUCCCGUACGCUCGUGCCGUCCACGGUAUGGUGCCGCUCACGACUCUCAACCCAACGACGCGCUUGCCCCAUGAGCCUCAUGAGUCCAUCAAUGAUCUAGAACAGCAUCCCCUCACCUUUCCACAAAUCUUCUACCCAACCUCGGAGUCGCGUGCCUUCAACCGUAUCGAUGCUGGAAGAGUGUUUAGUGGUGCACCACGACUUACCGACGAGCGAGAGAACGCCAUCAAUGAAGGAGUCCACGAGGCGUGGCGGGAUUCCAAACCCGAGAUUAUUGGCCGACCGGGUCAUACACGCACAGUGCUGAAACCAGCAGACUCACGCAUUCCACAUCCGCAUUUGAUCGCAUUUGAGAAGGACAAACUGAACCGCUCGCUCACGCCACUCGAGAGACGCGCACGCCAUCGUGAGCGCCUGCAGAAGGAUGAAGAGAGACGGCGAGCUUUGAAGGAAAAGUUGCAGCAGGAGGAGGAAAGCAAGAAGACGAGGAUUGACGUGGGCAGGUGGCAGUUUGUGGUUACAGAAGUGCAGAGUACCCGACAAGGAACCGGUCUUGAUGGCCGGGGCUCUGGCAAGGGCGCAGUGGGCCAAAGAUAUGGUGUGCCUAGCCAGGAGAGGAAGAAGGGUCAAGUCAAGAUUCCUGUCAAAGUGGACGUGUAA